UGCCCCAGGGGGGUUGGCUUUCCUUUCCCCGCCGGCGAGGUUGAGGUUCUGUUGCUGGCGCUGAAGGCAUUUCGGGAAUUCCCGCGCUGGUUGCCAGAGGAAACCUGAGCCGAAGCGCCUCGGCCACUCGGUUGCCUGCAAAGGCUCCUUGAAUGAGACGCCAGGCAAGGACCACCCCGGCCGGCUCCAGCCGAUGACUUCCCCCAAGCCCGGCCAGCCUCCAGGCUCUGCUGCGCCCUCGGUGCCUGCAAGCGGGACCCUUGAAAGGCGGGCGCCCAGUUAGCGGAGCGCGCGCGGCGGGCGGGGGCUUCCCUUCCCAAGCGCCCUUUUGCCCAACCGGUCCUGGGCGGCUGCGAGGACCUUUGCAGGGCAAGAAGGAGAAGAGGAGGAGGCCCCGGCCGGCCAGCCAGCCUGCACGUUGCCCGGAGCGCCUGGGCUCUCCUCCAGCCACGCACGCAUGGAGUCUUUCGGCGGGCUCCGGCAGCUUCUCCUGCUGCUGGCUUGCCUUCCUCUGCAGAGCGGGCAAGAAACUUCAGUGGAGAGCUGCUGCGCAAGUGGAUACGAAUGGGCGAGUCAGAAAAGAGACUGCAGCUCUCUGCCCUUGAAUCUCGACUCCAGAGAAUGCAGCAUCGCUCAGGAGCAGUGCUGUCUCAGUCAUGUGGAGGAGCGGCACUGUACCGCUGGGAUCGCUCUCGCCAGCAAGCAAGAAGGCUGCGAGUCGCACGAAGGUAAUUCUACCUAUGAAGACAAAAUUGUGAAGAAAUGCUGUUACUGCUGCUUUAUGGGGAAGGUGGCCCGAAAGCAAGGGAACAGCUGUGAGCAGAGUCUGCAGAUGGGAUAUCAGUGUGGACUGGUCUUCAGAGCUUGCUGUGUUGAGGGGCAAGAAGGCACUGACCCAUUGCUUGUCGACAGUCCCAACAAAGAGUUAGUAUUACCAGUAGAGGUUGACCACGAGGAUCCCUACCGUCAUGACCGUUGCAGAGGCGGUGGCCCUUGCACGCAGCAAUGCAGGGAUACAGGGUCCAGCGUUCUCUGCUCUUGCUUUAUGGGCUACCAGCUUCAGCCGGAUGGUUUCACUUGUGAAGAUAAUAAUGAGUGUAUCACUGCAGACCACAGUUGUGGCAUUGGACAAAGGUGUAUCAAUACGCUAGGAUCUUUCCGUUGUCAACGUGAGACCAGUUGUGGAACUGGUUAUGAACUAACCGAAGAAAACCUUUGCAAAGAUAUUGACGAGUGUGAGACUGGUACUCAUAACUGCCUCCCCGAUUUUAUCUGUCAGAAUACUCCAGGAUCCUUCCGUUGCCGACCCAAGCAACAAUGCAAGAGCGGCUUUAUACAAGACGCACUAGGCAACUGUAUUGAUGUUAACGAAUGCCUGAGUGAGAACACGCCUUGUCCACCGGGCCAAACAUGUAUCAACACGGAUGGCUCUUUUGCUUGCCAGAGGACUGUGCCAAACUGUGGCCGGGGCUAUCACCUUAAUGAAGAGGGGACAAGAUGCGUCGAUGUGGACGAAUGUGCAGCACCUAAUCAGCCAUGCGGCGAAGGUCACAUUUGUAUCAAUUCCCCUGGCAGCUACCGCUGCGAAUGCCGACUGGGCUACUACUUUGAUGGAAUCAGUAGAUCUUGCACAGAUGUGAAUGAAUGCCGACGUUACCCUGGUCGCCUAUGCGCUCACAAAUGCGAAAACACGCCCGGAUCUUAUUACUGCAGCUGUACCAUGGGUUUCAGACUUUCAUCUGAUGGAAGAUCAUGCGAAGAUUUGAACGAAUGUGAAAGCAAUCCCUGCAGCCAGGAGUGUGCUAAUGUGUACGGUUCCUAUCAGUGCUACUGUCGUCGGGGCUAUCAGCUUAGUGACGUGGACGGGAUCACCUGUGAAGAUAUUGAUGAAUGUGCCCUACCGACUGGAGGACAUAUCUGUGCCUAUCGAUGCAAUAACGUUCCAGGGAGUUUUCAGUGCACUUGCCCCUCGUCUGGUUAUAAGCUGGCACCAAAUGCACGGAAUUGCCAAGAUAUUGAUGAGUGUGUUACUGAAACGCAUACCUGUUCAUACAAUGAGACCUGCUUUAACAUUCAGGGAGGUUUCCGUUGUCUUUCUUUGGAAUGUCCAGAGAAUUAUCGCAAAUCUGGUGAUACAGUCAGACAUGAGAAGACAGAUACUAUUCGUUGCAUUAAGUCAUGCCGACUGAACGAUGUCAACUGUGUUUUGGAUCCAGUUCACACCAUUUCCCACACUGUCAUUUCGCUGCCCACCUUCAGGGAAUUUACAAGGCCAGAAGAGAUUAUAUUCCUUCGUGCCAUCACCCCGGCGUACCCCGCCAACCAGGCAGACAUCAUCUUUGACAUCACAGAAGGAAAUCUACGGGAUUCAUUUGAUAUUGUCAAGCGUUACAUGGACGGCAUGACUGUGGGUGUGGUUCGCCAGGUGAAGCCCAUUGUCGGCCCCUUCUACGCCACCCUGAAGCUAGAAAUGAACUACGUCGUGGGAGGGGUCGUCUCUCACCGCAACAUUGUCAACGUCCACAUCUUUGUUUCAGAAUACUGGUUCUGAACACUCUUGCAACCUUGAGGCAAGCAGGAGUGCUGCAACAGGAGUUACCACCACUGCAAACUCUAAAAACUUAUAUACCCUUUGUAUGUUUUGCAGGGGUCUUCUAAGACCAAAUACCUUUCUUUUCAAACAUCAUAUCUGGUUCAUUGUUUAAAUAAAGGACAAAUACCAAACUAUCUAAAAUAGAACUAGGAUGGAGCAUUAUCUUGCAGUCUUAUUUAGUUGGGUUGUUUGGAUGGUAUCAAUAAACCGAUCGGCCAGUUGCCUGACCUCCUACUUCUAAGAGUCUUCCAGAAUCCCUUGAGACAGGAGGCUGCAUGCAAAAUUUUGCCGUCUCAGAGUCUUGCCUGUCUUCAUCUGUAAUGUCUCUGUCUUUCAGAACACCUUGCUUGUCUAUGUGGUUAACUUUUCUGCUAUAAAGAUCAGAAAGUCACUUAAGGCCCCGGUCACACGGGAGGAUUUGCCCCGCGAAACGGACGGGUUGAGGGUGCAUCAA